AUGUGGCUACCCGCGGCGCUGUCCUUGCUGCUCCUUGCGGCGGCGGCCCUGCUGAUCGCCCUCCCCUCGCCCGAGCGCGCGAGGCUCGCCCACGCGCUGUUCCUCGAGCAGGCCGGGCUCCGGCCGCAGAUGUGGCGGCCGCUAGGGACAGUCCGCGCAGACGAACUACUGUCGCCACCGCCGCCGCGGCCGCCACACCUCGGACCGGCGGCGCCGGCUCCCGCCGUGUCUCCGCCAGUGUCUCCGCCGGCGGCGCCCGAGCUGCCGCAGCCGGCGAGGCCUCCGGCGUGGCGUCCCUUGGAGAGGGGGCGGCAAGAGCGGGCGCGCUACUGCGCCGCCAUCUUGAGGGCAGACAACGGCAGCGCGGGGCAAGAGUCGACGCAGGGUGUCCACGCCGGCCUGCUCUCUGGCGCGGGGUGGGAGGGGAAGCGGCAGCUCGAGGGCUUCCACGUCGGGGCGGUGACCGCCUUCCCGUCCCUCCUCGCCCUCGCCGCCACCUUCGCCCGCCCUCUCGCCCGCGCGUACGGCGCAGCGGUUGGGAGGGAGUUCCGCGCAAAAGGCGCAAACGUGAUGCUCGGCCCGCAGCUCAACGUGCAGCGCGUACCGCGCAGCGGCCGCGCCGCCGAGUCGCUGAGCGGAGCGGACCCGCUGCUCUGCGCCGCGCCGUCCGCGACACGCGAGGAGCCGCUGCUCGGCUCCGCGCUCGGCCGCGAGUACAUCUCGGGGCUGCAGGGCGAGGGCGUCGGCGCCGUGUCCCAAAGCUGCUCCUCCGUGCUGAGCCAGGCCUCUCCCCGAACACUCCCUCGGAACCUUCCUGCAGGCGCCGUCCCAAAGCACUUCGUGCUGAACGCGCAGGAGACGGGUCGCGGUUCGAUGUCGGCCGAGGCGCCGGAGCGCGCCCUCUUCGAGCUGUACUACCCGCCCUUCGAGGCGGCCGUCGGGGCGGGCGCCGUCGCUGUGAUGCUCGCCUUCCGCGGCUGGGUGAUGUCCGACUGGUGGGCGGUGCACGCGACCUCCGCCGCCGUCGCCGGAGUCGACCAGGACAUGCCCGGGAACGACGGCUUCUUUGACCUCGAGCAGCUGCAGCAGCUGCAGCAGCUGCAGCAGCUGCAGCACGGCUUCCAAGGCGGCGGCCCCUCACUCUCGGCCAGCGACGCCGCCUCCGACGAGCCCGAUGCCGAUACCUCAAGCGCCUCUAGCGCGUCCAACGCGUCCAGCCCGUCCGCCACCUCCUCCGCCUCCGCCACCUCCCCCGCCUCCGCCACCUCCGCGGUGGUGGACGGCAUGGCUGGCCGCGUGCUGCUGCCGCUGCUCCGCGCCGGCAUUCUCUCCCGCCCCGCCUGCGCCGCGGGCUGCACCUGCUCGGCGCCCCUGUACGAGGCGGUCGCGACGACGCCGCAGCACGUCGCCCUCGCGCGGGCGGUGGCGGAGGCGUCGACCGUCCUGCUCAAGAACGAGCAGCGCGCCCUCCCGCUCCGGCGCGGGGCGGCGGGAGACUACUUUGUGGUCGGCGGCACCGGCCGGGUGGCGUUUCGGCGCGACCCCACUCUCGCGUCGGCGCUUCGCGCUCGCGGCGUCACUCUCCACGUCUCGCCGACCGACCGCAUCAGCCCUGCCUUGCGGGCGAUGCGGCAGGCAGACGUGGUCGUCGCGUGCGGCGGCGCGACGGCGAGCGAGUCGGAGGACCGGCCCAGCCUGCGGCUGGACCAGCACGAUUUCCUCACGCAGCUGGGGCUGCUGCGCACGUCCAAGCCGCUCGUCGUCGUCGCGCUCGCCCCCGGCGCAGUGCUUACCGAUUGGGCCACCCGUGCCGACGCGGUGCUGCUCCAGUUCCUGGCGGGUCAAGAGUCGGGCGAGGCGCUCGCCGACGUGCUCACCGGAGCCGCGAGCCCGAGCGGCCGCCUGCCCGUCACGCUGCCGCUGGCGGAGGCGGACACGAUCCCGCCGUGCACCGAGUCGGUCUGCCGCUACGCAGAGGGGCUCGCCGCCGGGUGGAGGGGGAGGGUCGGCAGGCCGGUGGCCUUCCCGUUUGGGCACGGCCUCUCCUUCACGCGGUUUGCGUACGCGUGGGUUCGGCCUCCGACGGUGCGCGGGGGGGAGGGGCUGGUGCGGCGGAGCCGCCGCAGGGCGGACACAGCUGACCACGCGGCUGGGGGAGGGGGCAGGGGGCGAGCAGUGGCGGGCGAGGAGGGCGAGGAGGAGGGCGAGGAGGAGGGCGAGGAGGGCGAGGAGGGCGAGGAGGGCGAGGAGGGCGAGGAGGGCGAGGAGGGCGAGGAGGGCGAGAAGGAGCCUCUGGGCACGUCGGCUGGGCUCGCGGCUGGGCCCGAGGAGCCGCUGUCGGUCGAGAUGCGGCUGCGCGUGACGAACGUGGGGGAGCAGGUCGGCGCCGACGUGCCGCAGCUCUACCUCGCGUUCCCGGCCGCGGCGGGGGAGCCGCCCCUACUGCUCCGCGGCUUUGCCCGCACGUCGCUGCUCGCCCCCGGGGGCAGCGAGGAGGUGCCCCUGCGCCUCGCCGCGCGGGACCUCUCUGUCUGGAAGGGGGGGGAGUGGGUGCUGGCGAGGGGACGCUACGUCGCGCACGUCGGCUCCUCGUCGCGCGACCUGCGGCUCGAGCGCUCGUUUGAGGUGUGAAACAGAGUGUCACGAGCUGCAAAUCCAAAUGGAAGAGUGUGCAUGUUUGUGUGUUCCUGUUGUGUUUUCCAAAUAGCAAAUUCGUUCGA